AGGAUUUGAUUGUUUACUAAUAAAUUUAUAGCAUGUUUUUAAGGAAUUUCCAAAAACUUAAUUUACCCAGCAAUUUAAGGUAUUUCAAGCUACAGUUAAAUGUAGGACGAUCAUUUACUGUCUCAUCAACAUAUUCAUAUCCAAUAAAAGUUCAAUUAGACAGAGAAUUAGAGCAAAAACUAGAAAGUGAAGAAGUCAAGCCACGAAAACAUUAUGGAGUCAAUAGCAUACCAAUUUCCACAUUACCAGAUAGAAUCCUCGAUACAAUGGAAAAAGUAACAGGCGAUCAAUCUAUUGGAAAUUUAAUAAAUAAAGGAUCGACAUUUUCAAAGUAUUUAGUGAGUCGGAAAGCACCAAUGGAGGAUCAGAACCUAAGAGAGAAGAUCCGUGAACUGACAGAAAUAGUAGAAAGUGAUCCAGUAAAAUAUAAAUUGCCAGCAACUCUUCCAGAUCCAACAAACGAGCAAGCAGUAAAAUUUUACAAUGAGAUGAAAAGGAAUCGAGUACAGACAUUAAUGCAUCAGAGAGUUUAUGCAUGGCAAGCAAUAGAAUAUGAUGAAUAUAAGUCACUGCUGUAUCUUUUUGGAAGAGCACCACAAGAGUAUGCGUCAUUAAUGAGGAUAUUUAAGGAAAUUGAAAGAAGAGAUGAAUAUUUUACACCAAGAACAUUCUUUGAUUUCGGAAGUGGCGUUGGAACUGGCGUAUGGGCAGCAUCAGAACUUUGGAAGUCAUCAAUAUAUGAAUAUUAUCUUGUUGAUGCAUCAAAAUAUAUGAAUGACUUGUCAGAUCUCAUAUUAAGAGACGGAGAUAAUAAUAAAAACAUCUCUUUAAAGCACGUCUAUCAACGGCAAUUUCUACCUUCACGAGAUCAAAAAUAUGACAUUGUAUUAUCAGCAUAUUCCAUGUUUGAGCAACAAAAUCUCAGUGAACGUCUUAAAACUGUUAAUAAUUUAUGGAAUAAGACCGAAAACUAUUUAAUUUUUGUCGAAAAUGGAACAAACAGUGGAUUUCAGUUACUGAAUGAGAUUCGUGAAUUUUUAAUGGACUUGAAAGAUCAAAAUAAUGAAAAAGCUUUCAUCUUCUCGCCAUGUCCACAUACUUCUGAAUGUCCACGAUUCAAAUUGAAUGACGGAACUCCAUGCAAUUUUGAAGUCAGAUAUAAUAGCCUUCCAUUUUCAGGACCAUCCCAAAUUCAUAGUCACUUAUACUCAUAUUUAGUCAUUAAAAAGGGUGAGUCUAAUGUCACUGCAGACAAGUGGCCAAGAAUUGUUAGACCAACAUUAGUCAAAAGUAAGCACACGAUAUGUCGAAUGUGUACGAAGGAAGGAAAUCUUCAAGAAAUUAUUUUCACACAAAAACAGCAUGGUAAGCCUGCAUAUCGCUGUGCUAGACAUUCUUCUUGGGGCGAUCAAUAUCCAGCAGAAAGCAUGGAAUCAUAUGUAAAGGAAACGAAAACGACAAGGAUAAGAGCACAAAAUAAACUGAAAUAUGGAGCAAUAAAUGGAGACGACACGCAAGUUGUGGGUGGUUAGAUGAUAUAAUGUUUUAUUACUGUUAGCUUCUAAAGACAUUUGUCCAUGAGAAAAGGAAAUAAAUAUUCUAGAAAAUAAAUCAUAUAUGGUUAUUAUAGUUUUGAUUCUAAAUGCCAAUGCCUUUUCAUAGCACCGACAUUCAACUAUCUUGUCCAAUAGUUCCAUUAUUUUUGGAUUUGUUCGAAAAAAAGAGAGAGAUAAAUAGAAAGAAAAAUAAUAGGUGUAAAGGAAUUACAAAAUAUACCGGGAGUAAUACAGAUACAGAUUAUUUAAAAUAAAAAAUAUAUAGAAGUUAAAUGAUGAGGAUAUUGGCAUAUGAUGGAUGAUUUCUAUUGACCGGACGAAUAUUUUUCACUUCUGUUACGUUCUUUAAUGUUUUAAUGACUUGACGAAAUCAGAGGCACUUUGAUUUUCUUCCAAUAAUGAAUCUCUCAACUGCAUUAUCUUAUUCAAUGCACUCUUAUGCUUAUCGCUCUUUGAAAAUUUGUAACGAGCUCCGUCAAUCAGCUUAUCAGUGAGAUAGUGCAACCAUAACAAAUUUGUGUACGGAUCGUAGCGUUUAAAGUCGUUCCUGCAAACGAUAUCUCAUCAAGCGAUAAAUAUCAAACUGAUAAUCUCCGCUGCUUUCAAAGAGUUCCUGGUCUUUUGCUAAGUUGUCAUAAAUAACAGCACCGUCAUAUACCAUACGACUCAAUGUGAAAUCAAUGAUAGUUGCCUUAACACCAUAACUUGGUAUUUCGUAGACUUUUCCGUCUACAUGAUAUUUUAAAUAUUUCUGAUUGGUACGAGCGAUAAGAAUAUUUCCCCAAUGUAAAUCACGAUGUUCAAACUCAAACUUAUUUUCAGCAACAGCAAGUGUCAAUGCAACCUAGACGAGAAAGGAGAGAAUGCUUCCUCAGCGUUCUUAAAGACGAAAGCUUCAAGGUCCAAACCAGCAUUAUAUUGUUCGAAAACAAUAUAAAGUUGAUCGUCGUCAAAAAUAUCGGGAUUAUCGUUUUCACUUCCUUUCAGACUACUAUCAUUAUAGAUUUCCCAAGCGUCGAGAAGAUGUUGCGGAAAAGCACCUCUAACACAUUUAACACGUUUGAUCUUUACAAAACCAUCGGUCUUGUUCUCCUUUCCAUUGCUUAGUCCACUCAACUCCUCAGCUAUGACUAUUUCCGAGAGAAUCUCACUAAAACGCUUUUGUGGUCCACCAUUAACAAAAAGAUCGCCUUCAAUUGGUAUGAUUUUCAAGACAAUUGGAUCAUCGUCGGGAGGUUGGUACAUAAAAACCUCUCCGUAUACGCCUUCGCCUAUUUUCUCACAGUUUGGAAGUUGGCUGCAAUUGUAGUUAAUUUAUGUUAAGUAAUGGAAUCAAGCUGUGAAGUGAUAAAGCAGUAAACUUACCUUUCGGAAUAAAUAUCAUCAAAAAGAAGUGGUUCGAUUUGACCACAUCGACGUAAACAGAUUUGUUGAGCACUUAAACCCGAUAAGACAUCAACAUCGAUGAUUGGGGAUGCAAGCCCAUAGAAGAUUGAUGACUUCUUAAAAACGAUUGUUUCUCGUUGGCUGGCUGUCCGUUGAAGCACAUAAGAUUUAUUGAUUGAUGCACAUUCGAUCGAAGAAUCAAAUAACGAUAGUUCAGCUUGCAGCCUUCCUUCAUCUGAUUGUUCCAACAAUGCAG